UGUAAAUUGACUAGUUGUUAUUUUGUGUCUUUGAAUAUGAUGUCAGCGGCGGAAUCAAGCUCUGCUGCACUGCAUAAAGCAUGCGACGCGUGUCGGAGUCGGAAAACGCGGUGCAGUAUUUCAGGCACCAACACUACCUGCAAUCUCUGCCUGGUAAGUCAGGCCACAACCACCACCAGCAUUGGCCCCCUGCUAUGGUAUUGAUAUGUAGGUGUUGUCGCAGUCGCAAGGACGUUCUUGUUCCUUCACCCCAAUCAAGAAACCUCGGAAGCGCAAGUACGAUCUUGAAGCUUUAAUU